CUGCAUCUUGAAAUCCUAUUCCCUUCUAUCCACAGUUGAUCAUUAUCAGUGCUUCUUCUGUUGAUCAAAGAGAGAAGCGCCUCAUGAAAGUGGCAUUCUGCUCCACCAUUGGUCUUCCCCACGACUAUAAUGAAGGUAAGCUAAUUGUGUGCCUCACAUUGCAAGUAUCCAGUAAGGUGUGGAAGCCGACGAAGGACGAGUUGAUCUCCUUGGUGACGACGAGCUGCGGCUUAGGAGAUCUUCACGGUGCUGGAGGGAGGAACAGAGGACUGCCUCUUUUUUCUGUCUAUCAAGAGGCAGAGGAACUGGUUCUGUGUUACAGGGAAGGUGGUGGUGGGGUAUUGGUGGAAUUCGCAUUAAGAAGUUGGGCGGCCUAUUCCAACAGCUCGAAUUUCUUGCAUAUAUUCGUCUGUGCUUCGGACUGCGACUCUGUUUGCGCGCUGAGGACAAUGACAACCCUUCUAAAAGCGGACUCUGUAUUGUACUCAGUAUAUCCCGUUUUUGGGUUUGAUGAUAUUGCAAGACAUGCAAGCAAGGGGAUGGCCGAUGAUUCUCAGAAUUAUGUGUCUCUCAUGAUCAAUUGUGGGGCGACAGAAGAUUUGCGGCGCUUGCUAAAUGUUGGCAAGCGCACACUCAUUUUUGUUAUUGACAGCCAUCGGCCCAUUCAUUUACAGAAUCUAAACCAAUUCAAUAAGCAGGUUGUCAUUGUGUACACUGAUGAGGAUGAAGCAGAGUUGAACACAGCUUAUUCAUUUCCAGUUUCUCAGUUAGCAAAUAAUCCUGAAUCUGAUAGCGAGUUUGACGAAUCAGACUUGGAAUCUGACGAGGAUGAGGAUGAAGAUGAGGAGGAUGAUGACGAUGAUGAAUUUGGGGGACUUCGGGUGCGAGGUGCGAGGACAAGAAGAGGAGCAGACACUGUAGAUAGGCAAGAGAAGCGCAGGCGACAGAAGCAGAGAGUAGAGUAUUAUUCUAGGGGUUCCUUUUACGGCCGUCCAAGUGGUUGCGUCAUGUAUGACAUUGCACAUCAGCUCCGCAGAAACACCAAUGAACUGCUUUGGUUAUCAUGUGUCUCUUUAACAGAUCAUUUCAUCCACGAGCGGUUGACUCACGAGCGCUACCAGGCAGGCACGAUGGAGCUUGAGCAGCAGAUCAAUAGCUUAGGAAACCUUGAAGUUGUGACGCAAGCGACACUGGAGGAUGGUACUAAAGUACAUGUGCCUGAGGUGGAUCGUAUCACUUACGAAGAAGAGCCUCGCUUAAUGCUUCUUCGGUUUUGGAGCUUGUUUGAAGCAAUGGUGCACUCGACAUAUGUUGCAACAAAGCUGAAGACAUGGAGUGAACCAGGGCGAAAGAGGAUGAAGCUGCUUCUUGUGGGCAUGGGCGUGCCACUUGUCGAAUCCUAUCAACAGUACUUGCACAUGAAUCGGCAAAUCAAGAGACGAUUGAAGGAGGAGUUUCAAAGACGAUCUCCGGAGUAUGGACUGACAGAGCUGUUUUACAGAAGCUUCCAGAAGUUCCGCGGUUUUAAGUAUAGGGUUUCUGCUGCAGAUGUGGUGUACUCCGUCACUGCUUUGCUAGAGACUCCAGACCAGGAUGGCAAAAGCUUUCAGGACAAUUUCUGGCAUGCAUGUGCUGCUAUAUCAAUACUCUGUGUUCUCACCACUGUGCAGUACACUCUGAACGCCAUCGUUGUCGUGUUCUAUUCUGUCCCACAUGCGAAAGCGGAUUGCUCCCCUAUGGACAUGUGCGAUUUCUUUCCUAUUCCAGCCACCAUUAUGUCCUCAAAACACUUCAGAUUUCUGACAGUUGAGGAUGUGGGGGAUUCGAAGCUGAUCGCGAAGCCUUUGGUGCUGACAAGGCUAGCACAUUUCCUCCUGGACGCCCUUCGGGAACAAGGAAGGGCGUCGAAGCCGCUCUCCAUUGCAGCUAUUGUCCCAGGCUCGGACAAAGCAAUAGUUGUUGGUGUUACGCAUCGGCCUCGGCUUGGAGAUCGUUCUGGAAACAAGUUUGGAAUCUAUUUUCGAAAAGCGGCAGAGAUGUGGGGAGGUGAUUUCAAGCAAGAUGGUUUCGAGUCAUGCUGGUUAUGGCUUGGGUCGAAAGAAACCAGCAAGUUCUGGGACAUUCUUCAGGAUCAGUGGAUGUGAGACAGUGUUCCACUCUAUUAUGAUCUCUCCGCAGCGCUCUAUGUUAUGGCAGUGUUUGCUUCAGGCACAUUGUGGUGGUUCCCAAAUCCCAAAUCACGCCAGUGCUUCGCAUC